AGAGCUGCUUCAAAAAAAUUGACGAAAUUAACAAAGGAUGAGCUUAUGUUUCUUUUUGAACUUGACAAACCUGCACCUUCGACGCAAAAAACGAGGGCAGCUACUGCCUUGGCAAAUGCCAAUUCUCAACCAACUACAAGUUCGCAACCUACAGCUUAAAUGAACCUUUAAUACAUACAUAUUUUAUUAACUUGAGUACGAAAUUAUUUGCUGUAUAGAGAUUUUGGACAUUUUAUCUUACUGUCAAAACUAUAAGGUAUUUGAAUAAAAAAUUUACUCUUUUAAGACUUGAAAAAUAUCUCUGGGCUUGGAAGGUUUGUAAAAAUAUUAGCGAAGUUUUGAGAUUAAGCUAAUAAUGUGAUAACUAGCAGAGAGCUGCUACUUGUACGGUUGGCUUCGAUCGAUUUUCCAGCUGCCAUCUCAAAUUGUAGGCGAUUAUUGAAGAUCACCUCACUUUUAUGUGUAGAAGCAUUUCUCUUUUCUACUUCGAUUGGUCUUUUUGAGGUGACACUUUGUCCUUGACAUCGAAGGCAGUCGUCAAUAAUCCCUGUAUGUUUUCUAUUCGAUCAUUCCUUUCAUCAUUUGUCCUCCGUUUUUGUUCAACAUACUACAGUCCUUCAACUCAUUUGCUCCCGCCGGCUAUUUGUUUGAGUUGUAGCUUUUUUAAAGAAUUUUUUGUGUUGUGGCCAUCAGUGACAGCCGUAAAGCCACUACUAUAUUUGUCCAUUCAUUCAACCGAUUCUCGUAAAUUUUCAAUUUCUGAAAUUAAUCUUUUAUUUUACUGCCAAUGUCUCUUCAUAUUUUUGAAAGUUUACAGAUUCUCAUUUAAAAUUUAA